UUUUUUUUUUUUUUUUUUCUUUUGGGUGCGGGACAAGCAGUUUUGGAGUAACAAAAAUUGUGUGGGGGUUCGAUUUCCGACUUGUCAAGCUCGAGUGGAUUCGACUGCAACGACCUGCUCUGUGGAAUCUGGAUUAAUUGUGACUCACCUCGAGGUGUGUGAUGCAGCUUCUGAUAAGUUAAGACACCUCUGGAUGCUUGUUUGCCGUCUCCACCAGGUCGUUCUCGGCCUUGGUCGCUGGGUCUGGACGAGGGGUGUCUACAGGCAUUAUUAAUUCGGAAUUCAGUUUCCAAGAUGCUUUUUAUUGUCGUGGCCAUCCGCUGGCAUGGUAUAAGCCCAGUCUUGAAUUCGGAAGCAAACGUCAUGCCCUUGAGCUGUCACUGAACUGGUGCUGCUACGAUACUAUCGCCCCCCAUCACCAUGUCGUCCACCUUUGGGGCUCUCGUUCAUAUCGAGAGCCACCGCCCCAUUUCGAACCCGGCGGCAGUGGUGCGCAAAGACAAGCAGGGCAUCGCGGGGGCUCCGUCCGACUACGAGCUUGAGCAAUGGAACAACCAGAAUCAAAAAUCGGCCAGGGUAGUUGUGUCGAUGCCAAACAGCGGAUACCAGACCCCCAACCCGCCAAGUGACAUUGAGAGCCAGCCCUCGACGCCACGGGGUGUCUCUGCAGGUGUCCGCGAGACUAUUCCUCCCUCCGGGGCGGCAGCUCUGAGUCCGUCGGCGACCAAAUGGCGACUGCUAAGCUGCUGCCUGAUGAAUUUCGCCAACGGACUGAAUGAUAGUGCCCCCGGGGCUCUGAUCCCGUACAUCGAGGCGGACUACAGCAUCGGUUAUGCGGUUGUCUCGCUGGUGUUCGUGGCCAACGCGCUGGGGUUCAUCCUCGCGGCUCCCGUGACGCACGCGCUAGAGAGUCGACUUGGGAGGUCCAAGUCGUAUGCGGUGUCGACGACGCUACUCGCCGCCGGCUACGUGAUCCUCAUCUGCAAACCGCCCUUCCCCGCGGUGGCGGCCAGUUUCUUCUUCCUAGGGUUUGGUAUGGCGAUCAACUUGGCACUGAAUAACGUCUUCUGCGCCAACCUGGCCAACAGCACGGCCGCCCUUGGAUUUCUGCAUGGCGCGUACGGGAUUGGGGGGACCAUCGCGCCGCUCAUUGCCACGGCGUUGGUAUCGCACGGAGUACGGUGGUCGUUUUACUAUUUCCUCACCUUAUUCAUGUCCCUCUUCAACAUGGCGUUCGCGGUGUGGGCCUUCUACCAUUACGAGGAGGACUUGCCCGUGCAACUGCUAGCAGCCCUCCAGCAGACCGCCUCACAGAACAACAGCGACGGCGAUGACGGCAGUAGCCCUGCGACCAAGACAAAACUGCUCAAGCAGGCAGUGAAGAACAAGACGACCCGGCUCGGGGCACUGUUCAUCUUUGCGUACCAGGGGGCAGAGGUGUCGAUCUCCGGGUGGGUGGUGUCGUUCCUGAUUAGCUACCGCCACGGCGACCCGUCGCACGUUGGGUAUGUCAGUGCAGGAUUCUGGGCAGGGAUCACACUGGGGCGAUUCCUCUUGUCGCACCCGGCUCACCGGGUCGGCGAGAAGCUGGCCGUCGUGCUGCUGGUGGCGGGAGCGGUUGCCUUCCAGCUAAUGACCUGGCUCAUCCCCAACGUGGUGGGUGAGGCGGUCUCCGUCGCCAUCGUUGGCCUGCUGCUGGGGCCCGUCUACCCGUGCGCGACGGCCGUGUUCAGCAGACUGCUGCCGCGCCCCAUCCAGAUGUCAAGCCUAAGCUUCAUCAGCGCGUUGGGCAGCAGCGGCGGCGCCGUUGCUCCCUUCUUCACCGGCCUUCUGGCCCAGAACGUGGGCACCAUGGUCCUGCACCCGAUCUGCAUCGGCCUGUACGGCGUCAUGGUUGUUGCCUGGCUCUUCCUACCGAAGAUCCACAAACGAUCGGAAUAGUCCUUUACAGUACUACCUAUAUGUAUCACGAUUUACGAUGACUUGGCAAUUAACGAUUGCUCUUCAACGAGGAAUGCCGACAGGGUCCUUUCGGGCAUCCAUUCCUACUAAUAAAUAUUAAUUGAAACAGCAGAAAGAAGAAGAAGAAAAAAAUCAAGGCACACGACCUGAGCCAUUAUCCCCGAAUCCAUAGUUCAAACAGCGGUUGGUGGAUACUGCCUGACACUUAAUAUCUGGUUCAAUGUGGCUGUGCAGGUCGGGGCAUUUCUGAAGGCAUCUAGUCAGGAUUAAUGGAAUAAUCAAUGCAUCAUCACUGAGUGUAGGCCAUCUGCUCUCCCUCCGGCUUUCAGUAGAAGAAUUGGAAUCCUGUGUCACUACUCAGCUUGACACACCUGUACUCCAUACACUGUCCUACACAGUACUACCAAGACUAUUUAUUACACAGCGAUAAGGCUGACUGUGGC